AUUGGCUACCAUGGGAACGUGAAUUCUCUGGGUCAACCACAGGGGACAGUAACGCACAUUAAGGCUUUGGUUUACCGCGGAAAAGGAAACGAAGAAGGUAGAGGAGAUCGCUUGUUCUGCUGAAAUAGUCCGACUUCUAAGCAUUUGAUUUCGUCUCACUCUUUGUCGUUCGUUUAGUUCCUCAUCUGCUCGUUAUUCAGUCUGCUAAAUAAGGAAAUGGAUGAGACCAUGAAGACCCUGAUGGUUUUCGACUUCGACCACACGGUGGUGGAUGACAACAGUGACACGUGGGUCAUCAGGUGUCUCCCAGACCGGACCCUCCCCAACGCACUGAAGGACUCUUACCAGAAGGGCCAGUGGACCGACUACAUGGGCCGAGUCAUGGCCUACAUCGGUGACCAGGCGGUGAGCCCUGACGGCAUUCGCGUCGUCAUGGAGACCAUCCCGUUCACGCAGGGCAUGGCGGACCUGCUGGCCUUCAUCUCGGCGCACAAGAGCGCGGUGGACUGCGUGGUGAUCUCGGACUCCAACGCCGUGUUCAUCGACUGGAUCCUGGGCGCGGCCGGGCUGCGCUCGGCCGUGGACCGUGUGCUCACCAACCCCGCCCGAUUCGACGAUCGGGGUUACCUCACGGUGCGGCGGCACCACGCCCACGAUUGCGCCCGCUGCCCCGUCAACCUGUGCAAGCGGGCGGCGCUGCAGGCGUACCUGACAGAGUGCGAGGAGGGGGGCUUGGACUACCACAGGAUGAUCUACGUGGGCGACGGCGGCAACGACCUGUGCCCCUCGUCCUGCCUGCGGGGGGGUGACGUGGUGAUGCCCAGGAGGGGCUUCACCCUGGAGGGGCUGCUCUCCAAGCUGCAGAGCCGGGGUUCCUCCCUCAAGGCCCGCGUGGUUCCCUGGACCAGCGGCACGGAGGUCCUGGACGAACUGAGGUCCCACAUGCUGCCGGCCACACCCUGACGGCAGCGAGCGGAGCAGGGAGCGGAGCAGGAAGUGGAGGAGGGGGUCCUCCCUCAGGGUCAACGGGAUCAAAGAGAGCCAGGACUGUGUCUGUCACAUCACAGCUGUCCACUGGGACUUCGUUUUUUACUUUUAUGUUAUUGUUUUUAGAAAGUCCUAUUUAUAUUGGUGAUCAUAUUUUGUGACAUGGUUUUACAUAAGGACAUAAGGGUAUGUAAUGCGUGCAAUGACUCAGGUAAUUUUUGUUUUGUUUUCUUAAAAUAAAUGAGAAGAAUUAUUGACUUUCUAAAAAUCACUUCGUCUUGGGCAGGAACCAACAAAUGGAUCAUGUUGACCGUUCUUUCGGCCCUCGUUCAUAUAAAAGACCCCCUGUCUUAAGCUCAUUCCCAAGUGUACCCAACCCCUAGAUCACCAACCAAUGUGGUCACUUCCGGUUGGUUUAAAGCCUUCAAACAUACCAUUUUACUAGAGAUAAAUUCACAUAGAAGUGGUCAAAACGAGGACCACUGGCCCCCUACUAUAGUUUGUUACCUAAAGAGGGGCCUGGCUGGCUCCCGGGGGCCGCGGUAACUUGAGGAAUACGUUUACAAAGUUUCUGAUCCUGUUCUUCAAUCUCACUUUCCAUCAGCCGACCGCCUCAUGUGGACGCCUCUCUGAUAGAGAGGGAAUAUUUGAA